CGGCGGGCCGCGCGCGCGGCGGCGUUUGAAUGGCCGCGAGUCGGGCCCGGACGGGGGCUGAGGUCUGCUCCGAGCUGCCUAGCGCGUUCGUCGGCGCGGGGCUGGGCUGGGACGUCACGGCACCAUGAGGCGCCGGAAUGUGGACAGGUGGAGACUUUAUCACACAAAUUUUCUUCUAGGCUUUUGAUUAUAGUUCCUAGGAGAGCAGGGCAUAUGACCAUGCCUAAUUUCAAGAUGAUUAGUAUUUAAGAGAUUAUGGCAUCUGAAACCCACAAUGUUAAGAAACGAAAUUUUUGUAAUACUAUCAAGGAUCAUUUCAUUGAUCGUCCUAGAAAAAGGAACUCCAGUUUCACUAAUAAGAACAUGAAGGAGGUUAAGAAAUCUCCAAAACAGUUGGCUGCUUACAUAAAUAGAACAGUGGGACAAGCUGUGAAAAGCCCAGAUAAACUACGUAAAGUGAUCUAUCACAGAAAGAAAGUUUAUCAUCCCUUCCCAAAUCCCUGUUACAGAAAAAGACAGUCCCCUAGAAGUGGGGGCUGUGACAUGGCAAAUAAAGAAAAUGAACUGGCUUGUGCAGGCCACCUGCCUGAAAAGUUACACCAUGAUAAUCGAACAUAUUUGGUGAACUCCAGUGAAGCUGGUUCUUCACAAACAGAAAGCCCAUCAUCAAAAUUUAGUGGUUUUUUUUCUGAGGUUUCUCAGGAUCAUGAAACAAUGGCUCAAGUUUUAUUCAGCAGGAAUUUGAGGUUGAAUGUAGCUUUAACAUUCUGGAGAAAGAGAAGUAUAAGUGAACUUGUAGCUUAUUUGGUGAGGAUAGAAGAUCUUGGAGUUGUGGUAGAUUGCCUUCCUGUGCUCACCAAUAGUUUGCAGGAAGAAAAGCAGUAUGUCUCACUUGGCUGCUGUGUAGACUUACUGCCUCUAGUUAAGUCAUUACUUAAGAGCAAAUUUGAAGAGUAUGUAAUAGUUGGUCUAAACUGGCUUCAAGCAGUAAUAAAAAGGUGGUGGUCAGAACUAUCAUCCAAAACAGAAGUUAUAAAUGAUGGAAACAUUAAGAUUUUAAAACAACAAUUAAGUGGAUUGUGGGAACAGGAAAACCAUCUCACUUUGGUUCCAGGAUAUACUGGUAAUAUAGCUAAGGAUGUAGAUGCUUAUUUGUUACAGUUGCAUUGAGAGAUUGAUCUCAUGUACUAAGGAGCUUCUGGCUAUUAUGACCAUCAUUGGAUUAUAUGAUUUCCCCAAACUGGUCUCUUCUGAGAACUGUGAACUGUGGGGGAAAAAAAAUCAAAACCAGUUUUCUUUCAAAAGGCGCACAAUGAAACCACUAAUGAAACUCUUAGCAAUCUACUUCACAUUGAAGUGGAAAAAUAUCCAAAAGGAGCAGCUCCAACUUCAGUGAGGUGAAAGUGCACUGUGAAGAUGUUCGCUUGCUGCUUUGGGAUGCUUCGUUUUUUUGGUAAUGUUGUUUAAGAACUACUGGUCUUACUGCAAUCCUGCGAAGGAAGAUCAUUUAUACCAUAUGAAAAAACAAGACAGGACUUAUUACUAGAACUACAAAGACCAAUCAUUAAUUUUUAUGUUUUAUAAGAAACUAAUGGAUGCAGCUGUUUUCUUAUGCUGAAAAGACUGAAAGUUUGAAACAUCAUAGUAAGUAAUCAAUAUAAAAAAAUUUUGUCCACACUGACACUGUGUAUACAAAAUGCCUUAAUUAUUAUUAAGCCAAUGUGAUAUGAUACCAGUAUGUCUUUUUUUAAAAAUUAAAACCAAUCAUGCUUCUGGCAUGAAUCAUGGAAUUAAAUCAGGGGUUUACAUUUAUGUAGAGUGUUGUUCUAUGAAACAUAUUCCAAACCAUUUUUAAACUGAGAGUGUAUUUUAGUAUUUCUGAUUUUUUUCCAGAAUUUUCCCUUCAUGUAUGUAUCGCUAUAUAAAGAAAAAGGUGAAUAUGUAUAUCUAUGAAUGUUUUAACUGGAAAUGUCUGGAGCUGACUAAUUUAUAUUCGCUUGUUUUGUACAUAGAUUUCAAAUAUUUUUCAUUUCUGUAUUCUUUAAACUGCUUUUGAGUAAAUUCACUAAAUAUUUCUAUUUUUUUUGCUUUUUCAGUUCUGAUUUUUUUUAUAUGAAUUCUAAUUCUUUUCCGCUACAUUUUUCACUACAAUGAUUUAGAAUUGUUUACAGCUCUGGUAACUGACCUUGUGUUUAAAAUUCCAACUUAAUGUUACUACCUCCUCCAAUGAUUAGUAUGGGAUGCCAUUUUUUAAAAUACCAAUGUUAGUGUCUGAACCUGAUUCUAGAAUGUUCUUACAUCUCUGAAUCUCCCAUAUCUUGAAAGUGACCAGAGUUUGAUGUUACAACUGGUGGCUCUCAUUAUCUUACCUUUUUUGUGUGCUGGGCCUGGGAGCUUGAACUCUCUGCCUGGUACAGUCCCUUGAGCUUUUUUGCUCAAGGCUAGCACUCUACCACUUGAGCUGUGGUUCCAUGUCUGGCUUU